AUGCAGCCCUUAAGAGACAUGGAGCCCUCAGGGCACUAUCAGCAAAUAACUGAGCCGCCCCAGGUCUCCGUAAAAACUCAGGUGGACAUCCCUCCAGACAGUGACCCUGACUUUUCUUCGGCGCAGCACUCCAUGGCGCCGACGCAGCAACGCAAACCCAUACGCAGCACAAAGAAGAGAGCCGACAUUCAGGCUUCUAUCAGGGAGAGAGCAGACCUCUUCACGGAGAUUUUAAAGGCCGUGAAGAGGCCCGAUAUUAUCCGCCCAAAGUUUCUCAAGGUGGAGAACACGUACAGCGAAGUUCUCUUCUGCAAAUGCUUCGUAAAGAGAAAGACUGUCUUUGUCUUUAGAUUCGGCUGCAUCGUUGCAUGGGAUAUAGAUGUAGAGGAGCAGAAGGCGUUAGUGGCCUUCAUGCAGCCUUACCUCAAAGAGCCGUUGGGCGCAAACAAAGAAGAUGACACAAUGACGUAUGUGUGGAGCGACAGAGCAACAAUAAAGGGAGACAACAUCCACCUUGUCACCACGAACGUGUUUGAAUGUUUAGCCUACUCCUACGCAUUCGCACAGAGUGUAAAGCUAGCCUUCUUUGAGACGUUGGUGGACGCCGAUAUCGAACGUACCAAAAUGAUACCCGAGAGCCUGGCGCGUACUGGCAAUAUUCAGUCAACCCGUGAGGAUAUAGGGCGUCGUAUUGGGGAAUUGUUCGUCAAUCGAUUCUACAUAAAUCUUCACACGGAUAUUCUGGACACGCCAGACAUAUUCUGGGACAACGAUGACUUUGCUGACCACUAUGAUCACUGCAGGCGUUACUUAGAGAUACCAAAACGAGUUGAGAUUCUGAAUCAGAGGCUUGACAUUAUUAAGGAUCUAUACGAUAUGCUGAACAAUGAGUUGACCAUUCAACACGGGUACAAGCUGGAGUGGAUCGUGAUAUACUUAAUUUGCAUAGAAGUGCUCAUUGAGGUGGUUUGGAACAUAUUGAUUAAAGAUGUAUUGAAGUGGGUGUAA